CCAUCCAAAUGGACCCUAUAGAUGCGCCCACCUGCUCGCAAAAAAGUUUCAAAUCCCUCCUGCUUCCCCUCUCCGCUUGCUCGUACCAAAUCUAGGGUUUCCGAUCGAAAUAAUCCUCCACCUCCCCGGCCGCCGCGGCUACAUCGUGCGAAAAUGUCGGCCAGCGCCGAGGACGAGAAGAACGCCGCUGCGGCCGCCGCGGCCGCCGCCAACGAGGGCGAGGAGAAGGAGGAGGCGAGAGGUGGCGGUUCCGGCUGGGAGCUGCUGUACUGCGGCGGGACGAGCUUCGACACCAUGGGCCGGAAGGUGGUGGGUGGGCAGCAGGGCAACCUGGUGUCGCCGACGCGGUUGCGGCCGCUCGUGGGCGUCGACAUCCGCUUCGUUGCCUCUGGAUGCACUGCUUGCCAUUGUGUUGCUUUGGAUGCUGAAGGCCGAUGUUAUACAUGGGGUCGCAACGAGAAGGGGCAGCUAGGGCAUGGGGACACUCUUCAGCGUAACCUGCCAACUGUUGUUUCCCAACUAUCAAAAUACAAAACCAUUAAAGCAGGUGUUGGAAGAAAUCAUACAGUGGUUGUAACUGACGAUGGGAAAUCCUUCUCGUUUGGCCACAAUAAGCACGGACAGUUGGGGACAGGCUCCCUAAGGAAUGAAAUUGAGUCAUCACCAGUGCCCUGUCUUGUUGCUGAAGCAACUAAUGCUUUAUGUGGAGCUGAUUUUACCGUCUGGUUGUCGUCAGUCGAAGGCUCUUCUAUACUUACAGCAGGGCUUCCCCAAUAUGGUCAACUUGGGCAUGGAACUGACAAUGAGUACAAUGCUAAAGAUGGAUCUGUCAGGCUGACAUAUGAUCCUCAGCCCCGUCCAAGAGCUAUAGCUGCAUUAUCCGGGAAAACUGUAGUUAAAGUUGCAUGUGGAACUAAUCAUACAGUUGCAGUUGAUUCAAGUGGCUAUGUUUACACCUGGGGUUUUGGUGGAUAUGGAAGGUUGGGCCACAGAGAACAGAAGGAUGAAUGGCAACCUCGCCUUGUUGAAGUCUUCCAGAAGCACAAUGUUCUGCCUCCUAAUGCUAUCAUCUCAGCUGGUUCUGCAAGUUCUGCAUGCACUGCUGGUGGUGGGCAGCUGUACAUGUGGGGAAAGAUGAAGAAUACAGGCGACGAUUGGAUGUAUCCAAAGCCAGUAAUGGAUUUAAGUGGUUGGAACAUUCGCUGCAUGGCUUCUGGUAAUAUGCACCACGUUGUUGGUGCAGAUGAUUCUUGCAUAAGCUGGGGUGUUGCCGUGCAUGGAGAGCUUGGUUAUGGGCCUAAUGGGCAGAAGUCAUCUGCAAAUCCUAAAAAGGUUGACAUUCUUGAAGGAAUGCAUGUUACAAGUGUCGGUUGUGGAUAUGGAUUGUCUCUGAUUGUUGUGGAUAGAGCAAAGGUUGGUGAUCGAUUUGAUCAGCUGGAGAUUUAUGAUGGUGAUACCUCCACUCAAGUAGCGGAGGUGGAGGUGCAAGUAACCAAGAAGGCAUCUGCCAGCAAUAGUUCACGUGCCAAUAAGCGCAAGCAAGCGAAGGAUCUUUCCGAAUCGGAAGAGGAUGAUUAUGAGGAUGAAAGUGGAGAUGAUGAGAAUGGAGAAAUAAAAGAGACGAAAGGUAGACGUGGCCGCAAACCCUCUAAUAGAGGGAGAGGCAGGGGAGCCAAAAAGGCAACUCCUGAGCCAAAGCCAUCUGGAAGGGGCAGAGACCGCCCUAAGAAAACUGGGAGUCCUGCUCAGAAAGCUGGAAGCUCGGGACGUGGUGGAAAGAGAGGAAAAAGAGGAAGGCCACAGAAGUGAUUAUCUGAUCUACAGUAAGAUGUUUUUGAAAUCAGAUCAAGUGAUCUCUAACACCUGAUGUGAUCCAGGCUUUGAAGAGCCAUUUUCUUUGCAAUGCCCCCUGCCCUCUCCCUCGCUGACUGCUGCUAUUAAAAAACCUCUUCUUUUUCUAUUUCCCAAAUGAAGUGUGCCAUCUGAUCGUCUAGAAAUGCUUAACCUGUACAUCUGUGUUCUUUAUUCGAUAAGUUAAUCUCACAUUGGAUAUCA